AUGAAAAAAACUUUCAGCAGCGGAAAGGCUGAUCCUCCAGCCGACUUCUUCAUGACGGAACUUCUAGGAGAGUAUCCGAUUCUUUACGACAAAACAAACCAGGUGAAAAUGACCACCGAUUUUGACAAAUUUGUGGAUAUGCUGAGGAAAAGCGGUCAGGAGGUAGUGAUCGAUGCGGAAUUGACUCCAUCCGAACGUUCACAAAUCGACGCAUUCAAUUGUUUUCUCCAGGAAUACAUAAAUCCGGCUGUGAUGCACACAUUCUGGGGCGACGAUUUGAACUACAAUACCGUAACACAUUACUGGUUUUCUUCCCGACUGUCAUUUCCUUACAACCUCUACUACCUCGAGAAGCGUCGGAAGCGAAUCCAACGUCUGCUGUCUGAGAAAAGCGUCAGCUCAAUAAUGAAAGAUGGGUUACAGGCUUUGAAUCUGCUGUCAUCAAAACUUGGGGACAACAAGUUCUUCUGUGGAAACAAGCCCAGUUCGCUUGAUGCUUUGGUUUUCGGCUAUCUAGCCCCACUUCUUCGUCUUCCACUUCCAAAUGACAGGCUACAGCUUCACUUGAGGGCUUGCCCAAACCUUGUUCGAUUCGUUGAGCAGGUGGCAUCAAUCUACCUUCCUCCUUCAGAAGAACAGUUGAGGCUACAAAAAGGCGAACGAAAGAUGUGGGAGGGCCGACUACAAAAGGCCGAAAAAUUGAAGGAAGCCGAGAAGGUUGCGACAGCAGAGGCCACCUUUAGUGCAGGAAGAUAUGCCACUACGAGAUAG